GCAGACAGGACCGGAGCGGAGGGGCUCAUCCGCGCGGCGCCGACCGUCGACAAAAGGAUGCCACGGAGAAAAAAAAAAGUUAAAGAAGCCUCUGAAGCUCAGAACCUGGAGAAGAAAGAUGUAGAAACUACCAGUUCUGUCAAUGUGAAGAAGAAGCGUAGACUUGAGGAUGCAUACAUUGUGAUAUCUGAUAGUGAUGGAGAGGAACCAAAGGAGGAAAAUGGAUUGCAGAAAACGAAGGCAAAACUGUCAAAUAGAGCAAAGUGUUUGGCUAAAAGAAAAAUUGCACAAAUGACAGAAGAAGAACAGUUUGCUCUGGCUCUCAAAAUGAGUGAACAGGAAGCUAGGGAGGUGAACAGCCAGGAGGCGGAAGAAGAGGAGCUCUUGAGGAAAGCCAUUGCGGAGAGCCUGAAUAGUUGCCGGCCUUCUGAUGCUUCUGCUACCAGAUCUCGACCUCUGGCCACUGGACCAUCUUCACAGUCCCACCAACAGAAAACCACAGACUCUGGGACCACUGAAGGCAUAUGGCAGCUGGUACCUCCAUCACUGUUUAAAGGCUCACAUAUCAGUCAGGGAAACGAGUCUGAGGAAAGAGAGGAGCCUUGGGACCACACUGAAAACACUGAAGAGGAGCCGGUCUCUGGCAGCUCAGGAAGCUGGGACCAAUCAAGCCAGCCAGUGUUUGAGAAUGAGAACGUUAAAUGUUUUGACAGAUGUAUUGGCCACUUGGCUGAGCACACACAGUGUGGGAAGCCACAGGAAAGUACUGGGAGGGGUUGUGCUUUUCACAAAGCUGCCCAGGGUAGGGGGGACACAUCUAGGCACUGUCUGCCUACCCCAGCAGAUGCCAAAGGUCUCCAGGACAUUGGGGGCACUGUACACUACUUCUGGGGUAUUCCAUUCUGCCCUGAUGGAGUAGACCCUAACCAAUAUACCAAGGUCAUUCUCUGCCAGUUGGAGGUUUAUCAAAAGAGCCUGAAAAUGACUCAGAGGCAGCUCUUAAAAAAAAAAGGUUUUGGGGAACCAGUGUUACCUAGACCUCCUUCUCUGAUCCAGAAUGAAUGUGGCCAAGGAGAUCAGGCUAGUGAAAAAAAUGAAGGCAUCUCAGAAGAUGUGGGAGAUGAAGACAACGAGGAGAGGCAGGAGUCUAGGGCAUCUGUCUGGCACUCAAAAACCAAGGAUUUCCAAGAAAGUCCAAUUAAAAGCUUGAAAGAGAAACUUUUGUUGGAGGAAGAACCAACAACCAGUCAUGGUCAGUCUUCCCAACGACUCUUUGUUGAAGAAACCUCUGAAGAAGGAACUUCUGUACCUGCCUCACAGAGCAUUGCUGCUUUGACCAGUAAGAGAAGCUCAGCCUUUAUGCCAAAGAGUUCUGCAGAGGAAAUCACUGUGUGUCCUGAAACACAGCUAAGUUCUCCUGAAACUUUUGACCUUGAAAAAGAAGGCUUUCCAGAUGGCAGAGAGACCCUGGAUGAAGUAAGAAUAAUGGCAGAUAAAGAGGUUCUUCAAGUUGAUAACAAGAAAGAUGCUGAGAAAGAAAUAUCUACUUCUGUCUUCUCAUCUAGUGUCCAGGUAUCCUGCCCACUCUGUGACCAAGGCUUCCCACCCACAAAGAUUGAGCGACAUGCCAUGUAUUGCAGUGGGCUGAUGGGGCAAGAUACAGUGUUGACUCGGAGUCAAAGAGAGGCCUUGAACAGACGUGACAGUGUGACAACUGCUCAGACUUCCCUAGACAUUGACAAGGAUGAGAAAUGUUACCUCUGUAAAUCCCUUGUUCCACUCAGAGAGUACCAGUGUCAUGUAGAGUCCUGUCUCCAGCUUGCAAGAGGCGACCAAGGAGAUGAGCAUGAAGAGAGUGAGAGAGUAUGCACAGCUGCGGGGAGGACGCGUCCACAGCGGCUGAGGAACCUAAAGGAUAAAGGCCAAAAUGAAGGCCGUCUCCUCCGUCUCUUGGAACAGUCUGAGUACAAGACUGCAGAUACAGAGAUAAAGACCAAGUUUUCAGAAACAGGAGCCUUCAGGGUGUCUUCACCAGGGCUAGAAGAAGCAGGCUGCAGCAGAGAGAUGCAGAAUUCCCUUACACAUCUCAAUUCAAAUGAGUCUCCCAUCAAGUCUUUUGUUUCUGUUUCAGAAGCCACAGAUUGCUUAGUGGACUUUAAAAAGCAGCUUAUUGUCCAGCCACGUAGCCAGACACAAACCAAACCAGGCAGAGGAAGGAGGAGGAAAUCCUGAAUUUCUAGGGUCCGAAGGUUGACGAAAUCAUUAGCAAUAGAAGUCUGCCAUGUUUAUUAAGCCUUAGUGGCCUGCAGUUCAUUGUUAAGGAAGUUUUGUCCCUACAGUUUCUACUACCAGCAUCUACUCAGCAUUCUGGUUUUUAUGUUUUCUAUGAGCUAUACAGACAACUGUGUGUAGUGUUUUGUUUUGUAACAAUCUGUUUGAAUUCAAGUAUAGUUAAAAAGACAAUUUAAGUAUAUUUAUCUAUGUUUGUAUGAAGUCUUAUUUCAAUAAGAUGGAGAGUUUCCUUUUUGUCUCUGUGUUGCAGGGCUUGGGGAGG